ACCCUCCCUCUCUUUCUUCAAAGGUUAGAACUCUUUCUCCAGUCUCCUCAGUUCUCUGAUUAUUCUCGCUCAUUGUAUCAAAGAGUGCAAAAGUGUCUUACACAGAAAGACAGAGAGAGAUUAAUAAUGGAAGGGAACUCUAAAAAGAAGGAUCUUUUCCAUGUUAUUUACAAGGUUCCUUCUGGUGAUGGUCCUUAUGUUAAAGCCAAGCAUGCUCAGUUGGUUCAGAAAGACCCAGAAGCAGCAAUAGUAUGGUUCUGGAAGGCAAUAAAUGCAGGAGAUAGAGUAGAUAGUGCACUUAAGGACAUGGCAGUGGUGAUGAAGCAAGUAGACCGAACUGAAGAAGCCAUUGAAGCUAUCAAAUCAUUCAGAGGACGGUGCUCAAGAAAUGCACAAGAAUCACUCGAUAAUGUCCUUAUUGACUUGUACAAGAAAUGUGGGAAAGUAGAGGAGCAGAUAGAUUUGCUAAAGAGAAAACUAAGAUUGAUUUACCAAGGAGAGGCUUUCAAUGGCAAACCCACAAAAACUGCACGCUCUCAUGGCAAGAAAUUCCAGGUUUCUGUGGAGCAAGAAACCUCCAGAUUACUGGGCAAUUUGGGAUGGGCCUACAUGCAAAAAUCAAACUUCAUGGCAGCAGAAGUAGUGUAUAAAAAAGCCCAAAUGAUUGACCCCGAUGCGAAUAAGGCCUACAAUUUGGGCUUUUGUCUGAUAAGGCAAGCCCGAUACGAUGAGGCCCGACAGAUUCUUCAAAAUGUAUUGGAAGGUAGAUUCCCGGGUUCAAAUGAUUGUAAAUCAAGAAAAAGAGCUCAGGAAUUGUUAAUGGAAAUGGAAUCAAAGUUGCCUCCACCUGAACUAACAAAUAGAAUUGGGAUUAAUGUCGAUGGCGAUGAUGAUUUUGUUAAAGGGAUUGAGCAAAUGAUGAAUAAAUGGGCUCCAUCUAGACCAAAAAGGCUUCCAAUCUUUGAAGAAAUCUCUUCAUUGAGAGAUCAAUUAGCAUGUUAACAUUUCACUUUUUAAUUUUAAUUUUAAUUUGUGGGUGUGAGUGUGUGAGAUUGGUUGAGGUUCUGAGGUGAUAAUGGUUGUCUUUUAUUUUUCUAGUCAUUGUUUAAGUGUCUAGAAAUAAGGACAUAGCCUUUUGUAUAUAUAUAUAUAUAUAUAUGUAUAUGUACUUUCUUUGGAAAAACCCAUAAGCUUGGGGUUUCUGCCAAUAAAAAAGAAACUAUUCGAAACAAA